GCCGGGCCCGCGCGAACGGGGAGGCGGCGGCGGCGGCGGCCGCGGCCCGCGCCAUGAGCAUCGAGACGCUGCUGGAGGCGGCGCGGUUCCUGGAGUGGCAGGCGCAGCAGCAGCAGACCGCACGUGAGGAGAAUGAGAAGCACGAGAAGCUGCGGCUGGAGAGGGAGCAGGAGCAGAAGAAGAACGGCAAGGGCAGCGUGGCGCGGCCCAACUGCGCCCUUCCCCCCGAGGAGCCGCGGAGCGAACUGCUGGUGCCCAUCUCCCCGCCGGCCGCGGCGCCCCCGCCUCCCCCGCCCCUGCCAGCCCCCAUCUCGGUCAUUCCCAUCCCCGUCGUCGCCGGCCCCCCGCAGCAAGCGGCGCAGACCGCGCUGUCCCCGCCGCUCGUCCCGCGCCACCAGCCCCUCGUAAGCACUCCCAGCGUCACCAAGGAGGCGGCCUCGGUGGCGCCGGUGAUCCAGCGCCCGGGCCCGCCGCUGCCCGACGGCAAAGCCGCCGCCACGCCGCCGUCCGGCAGCCCCAAGCAGCUCCAGCACUACGCCGCGCCGGUCCUGGCCAUCUCCCAGCACCACGUGGUCCCGCAGCCGCUGCAGCCCCACCAGCCGCUGCCGCACCCCGCGGCCGCCCCGCAGCUCGGCGCCCUGAAGCUGGCGCCGGCGGAGGACGCGAAGCCGAACGAGCAGAAGAAGAGGCCGGGAGGGGUUGGGACCAGGGAAGUACAUAAUAAACUGGAGAAGAACAGGCGUGCACAUUUGAAAGAGUGCUUUGAGACAUUAAAACGCAACAUCCCCAACGUAGACGACAAGAAGACCUCAAACCUCAGUGUCCUAAGGAGUGCCUUGCGAUACAUCCAGACUUUAAAGAGAAAGGAAAAGGAAUAUGAACAUGAGAUGGAGCGUCUGGCAAGGGAGAAGAUUGCAACCCAGCAGAGACUGGCAGAGCUGAAGAACGAGCUGAGCCAGUGGAUGGACAUCUUGGAGAUCGACAGAAUCAUUCGUCAGACGGUUCAGCCAGAGGAUGACCAGGCAUCUACCUCCACAGCAUCAGAGGGUGAAGACAACAUGGAUGAAGACAUGGAAGAUGACAGGCCAGUGAACUCAUUGCCAAAACUAACCCAGCGCCAGCACCCGGAGCUGCUGAAAGCCGUCCCAUCGAGCGCCGCUCCCCACCACCCGGCAGUCCUGCCUCAGCACCUCUCCAUCCAGCAGAAACAGCCCCCUGCCCACGCCCAGCCUCCCAUCCAGACACAGGCACUGGUCCAGCCGCAGGCGAUCGUCCCCGCACAGACUCACAUCGUGGCGGCCUCGACCGUGCAAUCGACUGUUAUCGCCCACACCGCCACUACCCACGCCUCGGUCAUCCAGACUGUCAACCACGUCAUUCAGGGUCCACAGACCAAGCACAUCGCUCACAUUGCACCUUCCACGUCCAGCCCCGUGCAGCUCACCACCGCCGCUCAGCCCAUCGGCCACAUCACUGUGCACCCGGCCACCAUCAACCACAUGGCCCACCUGGGCCAGCAGCUGCCCAUCUACCCCCAGCCCGUGGCCGUCAGCCAGCCCGUGGUGAGCCACAUCGCUCACACCAUCUCGCACCAGCAAGUGAACGGAACCACGAGCCUGGGCCAGCCGGCGGUGAUGGCCAAGCCCGCCGUAGGAACCCAAGUGGUCCAUCACCCGCAGCUGGUGGGGCAGACGGUCCUAAACCCGGUGACUAUGGUGACCAUGCCGUCGUUCCCCGUGAGCACGCUGAAGCUGGCCUAGCGGGGGCCGGCCCGCGGCGAGGGCUUCCUUGGGAACCUUUCCUAAACUCCACACAUUCCACCCCCGUCCUCCUGGGCGGGAGGGAGCGCGGCGGCGCGGGGCCGGGCUGUGCCGGGCUGCGCCCCGGCCGCUCCCCGGGACACUGCACAGACAGUUGUUGAUGGUGAUUUUCUUUCCCUUUUACGUGUAAUCGGUGACAUAUGGAUAUGAUGUUCCUCAGACUUUAAUUUGCCCCUUUUAUGUGUCGCUUCUUUGUAGAAUACAAAUUGCUGAUCUCUUACCGAGACGUGGCGUAGAGCGGGAGAAGAACCAUAGAAGUCUAUAUUUAUAUAUAUGUGUGUAUGUGUGUGUAUAGGCUGUAUAUACAUAUAUAUAUAAAUAUAACAUUUGAAGAAGGCCUUUUGUAAGGGUGAUUAUUUUGCAGGAUUAUUAAAGCUCGUUUCUGGAGGAAGAAGGCAGAGUGUCCUCUCUAAACAAGAAGCUUGGAGGUAGAUGGUUUGGUGGACCAGGGUACGUGCACACUGACAGCAGUCAAACCGUGGGGAAGGCGUUUCCCGGCGAUGUAUUACAUUUCAGAAAAGAAACAACCACCAUCUAAAAUCACUGUGACUUGUUAUGGCAUUUUAAGGAAAUUCUCUGUCCUGUCUAAUAAAAGGAAAAAGAAUCCACAACCAGACUUCCUUUGUUGCAGUUUUAUAAAUGACCUUUAUAGCUCUGUCAGAAGAGGAACGCUGUUGAUUGUAACGGCUGGCAGGGUCUUGUCCGGAUGGUCUGGGGGGCUCUGUGCUCUGUUCCAGCAUGGUUUUGCAGCUGCAGUGGUUGCUUUUGCAGGUCUCUGUGCGUGGCACUCCCCCUCUCGGGACUCCUCCCGCCAGUCCCCCACCCACAGCGUUCUCGGGUCAGUUUUUGUUUGGCAGAGGCAGAUGCUUUGUGCUGCUGGCAACUUGCAAUAUGUUUGUCUGGCCUGAUAGAGCGGAGCCUGGGACAAGAAGGCCAACAGAAAUGAAGUGGAUUUGCUGCAUGGCUUGAUGUGCUUUGUUAGCUUGUUCCUGAAGUGAGCAGGUGUUAGUGUGGGAGUCGCUGGAGGAGGCAGGGUGAGCGUGGAUGUGCACGAGGUGGAAGCGCUUUUGGCUGUUUUACUUUGGGGGGAGACAUAAAGUCCGAUCCCUCCAGGUUAAGGGUGUAACUGCAGGAGAUGAGCGUGUAGAGCCGGUGUCUUACAGCAGUGAGAUGUGCCCAAAGAACAGCCUGGUCCCACGCGGCCCGCGGUCGCCCCCUCGGGGCUGGGUCACGGCGGCUCCCGGAGCUGGGAGAGGCGGCUGCUGGCCCUGGCUGGUGCUGGCCAGCCCUCCUGGCAGUGCUGGGGAGGCGUCUCGUUGCUGCGUGUUCUGGUCUGUGUUGGUGUGUAGUUCUGCUGUCAAUGAGCUGUUCUCCGUCUUCCUCUCUCAGCCACAGCCUCUGUGCAGCCCUGGGCGCAGGCAGGUCCCGGCAUGGGCAGGGGCUGCUCGGGGCUGCUCUGGCGCGUGGCAGCAGGCGAGGGGCGCUGAGCGGUCCCACCUGCCCUGGGCUGGGGGCUGCAUCGAGCUCUGGCUCGAGGUCUCCCACAGCACCACGUGCUGCCCAGAGCCCGUUGGCUGCAGGGGACUGUUGUCUGGCUGUUGGGCUGUUGUGAGCAGUGGCAGAGCUUUAAUUAACAAAACUUGCCAGUUGAGUAGUGUCUGUGCUGUGGUUGAGGCUGUGCUGGAGGCAGGAGGAGUUACUGCAAACAGAUGGGUGUGAUUGUACCUUCUGAGCAGACGUGGCCGAGAGCUGCAUGAAAUCCCUUCAGCAAGCCCUGGGUUGCUCCCCAGGUACAACUUGUUUUCUCCUUUCUUUUUUCCUUGCAUCCUUGGGUCCAGGAAGGUCUGGCCCGUGGUGCUGCCGCAGUUUCUGCAGCAGGACGGGUGAAUCUUCACGGGCUCCUUGUCCUUACGGUGCGUUUCAGCAGCGGCCGCGGCUCUGCCGGCCCCGUGGUGCCUUCCCAAGGACCCUGUGCUUGGGCUGACAGUGUUUCAGGGAACAGCGUUAGGUGUCAGGACACUUCAGCUGUUCCUCAUCAGAAACUCUUGAGAACUGAAUGUCUGCAGCAGGAUCAUCUCCCUCCUUAGGAACGGUGUGGCUUUGCCUUCUGUAGCGGCACUGGCAAGGGGAGGAGGCAUCGUCCUGCCUUUCUGUACUGUCCCAACCCACAGAAUGACAAAAUGGGAGCAGGAAGCCUUGUUACCAGCCAGGUGUAGCUGGAUGUGGAGGAAGAGGAGCAGCACCCUCUGCCCCACGCGCUGCCGGCUCCCAGCCCGAGCCUGGCCCCAGGAGGGUGCUGGUGCCCAGCACUGACCCGGGUGUUGGGGCUGGAGACGAGGCUGCCCUUGGCUCAGCACGAGCUGUCUGGCAGUGACCCUGUGGCCUUUCCCAUGGGGACACGUGCUGCUCACUCAUCUUUUACUCCCUUUGGGGUAAAGGUACCGGGGUCACUGCUCUGCUCCCGUGGGUCCUGCAUCCCUGCCAGGUUUUCUCUUCCCCCUUGGAGUUCUGUCUGAGCCCUUCAUCCGUGAUAGCUGCACGCAGCUCGUCUUCCUCAUCCAGCCCAGAGCUGGGCCGGACCUGCUGGGUCCCCUCUUCCCAUCUGCCUUUCCCAAGGCUCACAAAUGCUUCUUUGGGUUUUUUUCUGUUGUUUUUUUAAUUAAAGUCAGCAAACUUCUUUCUGUUCUGCAGGGAAAAGAGCAAACUGCUGCCCUGCUUUGCCAUUGUCUGUCGUUCCUGCUCAGAGACUUCAGAUUUAUGCCAAUGCUCUUAGAAAUCAUGUUCAGUACUGUAUAAAGGGGCACUUCAGAAAUGUCUCUCCUCCUUUGAUAUAUGUGUUUUCCCUAUGGAGAAAGCUAUAUAUAAAUAUAUAUGUACACUUGGGGAUUCAGAAGAUCUAAUUUGUCCCAAAAAAAAUCAAUAAAUAUGAAGUUUACAAGAA